UCAGAGCCCGGGCCUGGCUGCUCAGCCCCGCGUAGGUGCCCGCCCAGGUGUGCCCGGCGGGGCAGGAGGAGCGCGAGGGCCAGGAGGCAGACGUGGCCCAGACACCCGCAAAUCCAGCGGCACCCAGAGGCCGCGGGACCCCAGGCGGGGAGAGGGGGCCCCCAGCGCCGCGCCCCAGAACCCGCGAUGGCCAGCGAGGCCCGGGCCGGCGGGGAUGCGUCGCUGCGCCGCCUCCUGAGGCUGCACCGCACCGAGAUCGCCGUGGCCGUGGACAGCGCCUUCCCGCUGCUGCACGCUCUGGCCGACCACGACGUGGUCCCCGAGGACAAGUUCCAGGAGACUCUGCGUCUCAAGGAGAAGGAGGGCUGCCCGCAGGCCUUCCAUGCGCUCCUCUCCUGGCUCCUGACCCAAGACGCAGCCGUCAUCCUGGACUUCUGGAGGGUUCUCUUCAAGGACUUCAAUCUGGAGAAAUAUGCCCGGCUGCAGCCCAUCCUAGACAGCUUCCCCAAAGAUGUGGACCUCAGCCAGCCCCGGAAGGGGAGGAAGCCCCCGGCCGGCCCCAAGGCCCCUGUGCUGCUGCCCAGGCCCCCCACCAAGAGGAAGGCCCUGGAGGAGCCGCGGGCCGCCCCGCCGACCGCCCUGUCCCCGAGGGGCACCUCCAGCCCAGGCUCCCACGGGAAGGGCAAGCCCCUCAAGAAGCCGGACAGCAACGCAGAGCCCCAGCUCCUCCCGCUGGGCAACGGAAUUCAGACCAUGUCCGCCUCGGUCCAGAGAGCCGUGGCCAUGUCUUCUGGGGACGUCCCGGGCGCCCGUGGGGCUGUGGAGGGGAUCCUCAUCCAGCAGGUGUUUGAGUCAGGGGGCUCCAAGAAGUGCAUCCAGGUUGGGGGGGAGUUUUACACUCCCAGCAAGUUCGAAGACCCCGGUGGGGGGAAGAACAAGACUCGCAGCGGCGGCCUGAAGACCCUGGUCCGAGCCAAGGGGACCCAGACUGCUGCUCCUGGUGGAGGCGAUCCGAGGGCAGGCCAGCAGGGCAGAGUCCUGGCCCCUCCUGCCCUCCCCAGUGAGCCCCAGCUCCACCAGAAGAACGAGGACGAGUGUGCAGUGUGCCGGGAUGGCGGGGAGCUCAUCUGCUGCGAUGGCUGCCCCCGGGCCUUCCACCUGGCCUGCCUGUCCCCACCACUCCAGGAGAUCCCCAGUGGGACCUGGAGGUGCACCAGCUGCCUCCAGGGAAGACCCCAGCGGGACCUGGCCCAGGCAGAGGAGACCCGGCCUCAGGAGCCGCCUGCUGAGACCCCGGUCCUCCUGGGACUGAGGUCGGCAGGAGAAGAGGUGAGGGGACCACCCAGGGAGCCCCCGGCCGGGAUGGACGCUGCUGUCACCUACAAGCACCUGCUGGCCCCACCUUCUGCAGCCCCCCUGCCGGUGCUGGACUCUUCGGCCCUGCGCCCCCUACUGUGUGUGGGUCCUGAGGGGCAGCAGGGCCCGGCGCCCGGCGCGCGGUGCGGCGUGUGCGGGGACGGGGCGGACGUGCUGCGGUGCGCGCACUGCGCCGCUGCCUUCCACUGGCGCUGCCACUUCCCCGCGGGCGCUCGGUGCGGGGCGGUCUUGCGCUGCAGAUCGUGCUCCGGAGACCCCGCCCUGGCCCCGGUGGAGGGGGCGCCUGCUCCGAGCCCCGCCCGCUCGGCUGCCGGGCCCGCCAAGGUCGGUGCUACCGCGGCGCCCGGUGCGCAGGUGGGGGACGAUUCUGCUGGUCACGAGCCCGUUCUGCACAGGGAUGACUUGGAGUCCCUCCUGAACGAGCACUCCUUCGACGGCAUCCUGCAGUGGGCCAUCCAGAGCAUGUCGCGCCCGCUGGCCGAGGCGCCCACCUUCCCCUCCUGAUCCAGGACGGCCUAGGCUGGCGGGGCAGCGUGGCGGGGGAGGAGAGGCACCUGUGGAGUUGGCCGAGCUGAGAGCGGACUCCCCUCCCGUCCCUGCGUCAGCGGCCACCAAUGAGUGCCCACUUGUGCUCGCAGCCACUCCCUUCUGCGAUGCACCCGGGGCAGGCUCCCACACUCCCGGAGGCCAUCUGGAUUAGGACCGAGAAGAAUUGUGACGUCCCAAGUGCUGUCAGCGUGUGGCUUGUCCACAAGGCCCCGUCUUUGUGGGGAGACAAAGCUAUCGUGUCGCUGAAAUUACAUCUCUCUCUGUGG